GGUUGGCUGGAGGGCGCCACUUGAACGGAUUUCGAACAACUUCGUGAGCUAGAUUUACUAUGGAAGCUGAAAACCUAAUCUUCCAAGACUGAAUCCUAUGAUUGCUAUGAAACCUUAUAUCAUCGCUUUACCAAAAUUAAAAUAUCUUGGUUUUACACGUUUUUCGAUGCUGUUAUUUCAAUAUUUCUUUUCCAGAAAGUGAUAAAUGAAUUUUAGGUAUGACUAGAGACGCUCGUCACUCGCUUCAUGUUUGGCCGCCAUGUCUGAAGCUCGGCUGUAACCUUAGAGUUCGGGUUGUGCUUUUCUUUGUUGUAUAAAAAAGACAGUGGUUUUUGUUAGUUAUAGACAAUGAAUUACUAAAUUUAGUUAAUUAAUAUGAACUUUGAUAUAUGUGGAGUGUUUGAUGAAUUCAAGCAAUUCGAUAGAGUUAACUUUUGCAGAAGUUACUCCAACAUCGUAUUUUUAGUUCAUCCGCCAUAUUGGCGUUAAUAUCCUUCAUGUGGAUCCCAUCUUGAUUUAAUUAUUAAAUAUAUUUUACAAUACUGACUCACAUCUCCUUGGCUUGCAAACACAGCGCCCAGGAUAUUUUAGAUUAAUAUAAGUUUAAUGGUUGGAUUGUGGUCCGGCUACGGUGCGACCGCACCUAAGAAUUUAUUAUGAUAGAAUGGUUUAAUGUUAUAAGAGGGUUUAGCUGAUGCCUCUUAGUCAGAAACUGGAUGAACCUCUUGUAACGAUUGAGGUAGAUUGCAGACUCCAGCACAAUGCAGCAGGCUGUGGAUCCUCUCGCAACUACAAGUACUCCAAUGGCAGAGCCUGUCAAUGGAGCACCACCAGAGGAUACGCCGCGACGACAGGGCCGGAUAACGAAUCAAUUGCAGUUCCUCCAGAAAAAUGUGAUCAAGGCAGUUUGGAAACAUAAGUUUGCAUGGCCAUUUCAUCAGCCCGUAGAUGCAAAGAAGCUAAACCUCCCAGAUUACCAUAAAAUUAUAAAAAAGCCUAUGGAUUUGGGUACAAUUAAAAAGCGUUUAGAGUCCAACUACUACUACUCGGCGCAAGAAUGUAUCCAAGACUUCAACACUAUGUUCACCAACUGCUAUGUUUACAACAAGCCUGGAGAGGAUGUGGUUGUUAUGGCACAAACAUUAGAAAAAUUGUUUUUGAACCGGAUAGCGCAAAUGGACAAAGAGGAAAAGGAAAUUGAGGUACCAUCGAAUAGUGCGAAGGCGGCCGUGAAGAAGCGUACGAGUGGGUCCGUGGGGUCGGUCGGCAGCGUGGGAGGCGUGGGCGGUGUAGGUGGCGCGGGCGGCGUGUCGGCGGGAGGCGCGGUGCCACGCGCGGUCAAGGCGGUGCCCAGCACGCCGCUGCCCGCCUUCGUGGGCUCCACCAACACCACCACCACACCCGCGCUCACUGCCGCCACACCCACACCUCCCGCCACGCACACCGGACUUCCGCAGCAGGUGGCGACGCAACCAUCAAGUUUUCAUGUUACGCAAACUCCGACCACACCUGUCUCAACUAUGCCGGCGGUUACUUUGUCCCAGACGCAACCUGCUAAGGUAAAGAAAGGUGUGAAAAGAAAAGCUGAUACAACAACACCUAUGGGUAGUUCGUUUGAAGGAGGUUACACUACCCCAACCAUUGAUCAACAAGUUGGACCUAAACCGGCGAAAAUUUCUACGAGAAGAGAAAGUGGACGCCAGAAAAAGGCUGGAAGAGUGGGAGAGGAUAAUUUCAAAAUGGGUGGAUUAUCACCAGGCAUGGGUUCAGCGGGGGCAUCCCACCAUUCUAGUAUGACCCCACAGAUGGUAAAGGGUAAAGAGAAACUCUCCGAUGCCCUCAAGAGUUGUAAUGAAAUAUUAAAGGAAUUGUUUUCUAAGAAACAUUCAGGAUAUGCGUGGCCAUUUUACAAACCUGUAGAUGCGGAAUUGCUCGGUCUUCAUGAUUAUUUUGAUAUUAUUAAGAAACCAAUGGAUCUUGGAACUGUCAAGCAAAAGAUGGAUAACCGAGCAUAUAAAACGGCCGCCGAAUUCGCCGCCGACGUUCGCUUAGUGUUUACGAAUUGCUACAAAUACAAUCCGCCGGACCACGAUGUCGUUGCUAUGGCGAGGAAACUGCAAGAUGUGUUUGAGAUGAGGUAUGCUAAGAUUCCUGAUGAACCAAUCCAUGUUGGAGUUACUCACACAACGGAGAAAGGCAGUUCCGCCUCCAGUUCCGAGUCUGGGUCAGAAUCUGACUCCGAGUCUGACGAUUCGGAGGAAGAAAGAAAUAAUAAAGUUAAGAUACUUGAGAAAGAAUUACUUGUCCUUCAAGAGAAGAUGAGGAAACUUGUUGAAGAAUCCAAUAAUAAGAAGAAGGCAAAGAAGAAAGUUAAAGACAAACAAAAGAAACAGACGACGAGCACUACAAGUAGUAGUACUAUACCCAAAGCGAAUACGGUCACGGCGUACGGAACAAAAACGAAUAAUAUUAGUGAAAGUCUGGCGACGAGCGCGGUGCGCGGCAAGCCGGGCAGCAAGCGCGGCGCGGGCGGGGUGGGCGGUGCGGGGGCAGGUGGCGCGGCCGCUGCGGGCAAGACGGGCUCGCGGGGCGCCGCGCCCGCAAAGAAGAAGAGCUCCACGCCCACAGCCGCGCCCGCACCGCACCCGCCGCCCCACCCCGACACUGACGACGAGGAUGUCGCCAAGCCCAUGUCUUAUGACGAGAAGCGCCAGCUCUCGCUAGACAUCAACAAGCUGCCAGGCGACAAGCUCGGUAAAGUGGUGCAUAUCAUUCAAAGUCGAGAACCUUCUCUGCGAGAUUCAAAUCCCGAUGAGAUUGAGAUUGACUUUGAAACUCUGAAGCCAUCGACUCUAAGGGAGCUCGAGAGUUACGUCGCGUCGUGUCUUCGCAAAAAGACUCAUCGGAAAGUUUCGGGUAAAUCAAAGGACGAACAAAUGGCGGAGAAAAAGCAGGAAUUAGAAAAGCGAUUGCAAGAUGUGUCAGGCCAGCUAGGAUCGAAUAAGAAGCAGCAACCGAAAAAGGAUGGCUGCAAGGAGGGUCUGGGCGGCGGCAUGUCGUCAUCAUCCAGCUCCUCGGACUCGUCGAACUCGUCCUCGAGCACGGACACCAGCUCCUCCGACAGCAGUGACAGUGAAGCAGGACCGAGCUCAGGAAAGCCCUCCAAAAAAAAGAUGAAGAAGCAGGUCCAGCAACUGCCAUCGCAAACGAAGUCCGCUCCUCCGGUGGUCGUUCCCGUGACGGUGGCACCAGUCGUGGUCGAGGAGCCUCAGCAACCGCCGCCCGCUGAAGACAAGAGCGAGGCGCCUCAACCCGCACCCUCGCCCUCGCCCUCGCCGCCGCGGGCCCAUGCCGCGCAGCCCUCGCCCGCCGCGCCCAUUCAGCCCGCUCAGCCUGCGCCCGCACCCGCUCCCGCACGAUUGCCCACCCCGCCGGACUCCUCCGACCCGCUCCUGCCGCCCGCACCCGUGCUCGACCCGCACGAACACAAACAGAUUAUAAAAACGGAACCCCGUAACGGCCUCGAUAAAAUUGAUACCUCGCACUACAUCGACCCCAUCGAGAGGUCGCUCGCGAGCCUCGAGCGCAGCCUGAAGGCGGAGGUGCCCAUGGACGUGACCGCGAGCGUAGCCGAGCCCGCGAUGCGCAUGGACGAUUUCUCCAUGCCGAAGGCGCCGCUGCUGCCCGACGCCGCGCACCACAGCCUGAUGGCGCAGCUCGGCGGCCUGGCCGACAUCACGCACGUCGACCACAUCAAGACGGAGAUGUACUCGCAACCGCACAACGGCUACGUCGACAAGAACCCGCAGCUCGAGCGCGAGAUGCUGCGCCCCGACGUCGUCGCCAACAUGGGGGGUGCGCAGGGCAUGGCCGCCGUCACCAGCAUGGCCAACAUGGCGAACAUGUCCAUCGCGCCGCCUGUAUCCUCAAUAUUCGACCCAGCGUUCGCCGCCGCGCAUGCGGCCCACGCCCCGCACGCGCCCCCAGCGCAGCCCCACCCCGCCGUUACUGCCGCGCCCGCCCUUAUCGCUCCCAAUGUAAAGAAGGAGGAACCCAAGCCGCUACUCACGCCCAAACCUAUAGAGGACCUAAUGGGGGUACCCAAUAUGGGGACGAAUAACGUUUCCGAGAGAACGAAAUAUGAAAUGGAGAAAAAGAUGGAGGAGUCGAAAAAUUUUGCUCAACCUUUCAAAAUAAAACAGGAGCAGAAUUUAAAAAAUGCGAGUUCAUGGUCGUCCCUAGCGCAGGCCGGUAGUCCGCAGAACAUCCCCAACAUAGGAACGAAUAAUCAAAUAAAACAAAAACCAGUUAUGGAUAGUUGUUUCCAAGCGUUCAAGAAACAAGCUCGAGAAAAAAUUGAUCGACAAAGAGCGCUUUUAGAACAGCAAGAAUUAAGGAAAAAGGAGCAGGCGGAGAGAGAGAGACAGCGGCAAGAGACGGAGAGGCGACAUCCCGAAGAGGAAAAGUUAAGAGUGGUACAGAACGUGCGUAAGACAGAAAGCGCGGAGGUGUCUUCGCCGAGCGUGUCGCCAGUUGCGCGCGCAUCCCCGCCCGCAGCAGCGGCCGCGGCGGCUGCGGCGGCGGCAGCGGCGCAAGUCGCGCCUGACAAGCCUGCCAGUGAGCGCGAGCGGCUGCGCCAGCGCGAGCAGGAGCGGCGCCGGCGUGAGGCGAUGGCGGGCCAGAUAGACAUGAACAUGCAGAGUGACCUGAUGGCUGCGUUUGAAGAGUCAUUGUAAAGUGUUUCGCGAGAGUUUAAUGAAAUUGUAAAUAUGAUAUAAAAAUAAAUGUCAAUGCAAUCUACCGUUCGUGUUGGUGUGGACUAGUGACUGCAGCUAGUAGUACUGACCGUGACCGUGACCGCUGACCGCUGACUAGUGACGGCCGAGUGUUUGUGAUUGUCCUGUGAGUGAAGUUAUCGACUUAUUAUAUGUGGUUAAGUGCUGUGAAUAGAUAUACUUAUAUUUUAAAUAAAACUGUUGUAACAUCCGACCGGAGAUGGCGCGGACCUCCGCAGAGGGUUGCAUUUUAAAUAAUGUGUAAUAUAUAAGUUUGUAUGCAAGUUCUUAAUGUAAACUCUCUUUACAUUCGUAAGCCUAUAUUUAUAUUUUAUUCUAGAAGUGUCUUCUACCUUCCAUAUUUGUUUUAUAGUAUGUAUUGAACAUAGAAUUGUAGAAUUUUAAAUUGAUAAAUCAAAAAUGUUUUAUUUUUAAUGUACUGAUAGAUAAUCAAUUGAAGCAAUCAAAUGUGUUAUAUGUAGCCAGCUCGCAUUGCAGUCGGCAAGGCAAGGCAAAGCAAGGCACGGCAAGGCGACGCGGCGGGAGGCGGUUCGCUUUGCACGAUGAGAUUUUAUGUAACAAAUGUCUCUGUCGACGCGACAUCUCCCUACUACCUGCGUUGCAUCGCAUCUUUAAUUUUAAUAUUAUUUUCAAAUUUUAUACAAAUGACUAAUGUAUUUUAAAAUAAAAUUAAGCGAUGUAUGUCUCUUAGUAAAAGAUACUAAUGUUUUAGUAUUGUAACUAUUAAUUUUGUAACUAAUAAAAGAGAAAUGAACUAUAUAGUGUCGAUUUAAAUUCUCUACUUUUACUUAUUGACUGUGUAUGUAAUUGUUACAUAUUCGAAUGUUGUUAGAGUAAAUAAAUGAUGAGUUUGUUGUUCCUGUCCAUCAAUAUUUUAUUGACUGUCGCAAGGCGUCUAUUUUACAUUGUGUUUACAUAAAAUCUCAUGGGGCGUCGUAGUUUGCGUGGCCGCGUGGCAUAGGGUGCAGCGGGCGCGACGUGUGCAGUGUAGGUGGCAAGUUGUCUGACGCCACAAUGCAGAGCCCUGGGGCGAGGCGUGCGUUAUGUAUUUAAUAGUAAAAUAAAUUUCUGUUACGUGUUCGAUUUUCGAUAAAUAUUGCUUAAUGUUAGUAGAUUUUUUAUCAGUCUGUCAUCGUAAAGCAGAUCAAAUGUCAUACAUUUGAUUUGGAAAUAUAUUUAUUUUACAUUGGAAUAUGUCUUUUUUAUGUUUGUAGAUAGUUAACUCCAGUGGAAAUCUUGUAAAGUAUUAAAAGUCGAGGUGGUCAAUGGGCGCCGUACUUCCGCGGUACGGCAAACAUACCGACGUCAUCCACAAGCGAGCAUUGUAUAUUGUUAAGAAAAUUUUAAUUGCAGUCAUUUACUCAAUCUUUAAAUCAAAUGUAGAUAUUGAAGUAAAAUAUAUUGACAUUCCAUAUAGUAAA